AUGUAUAACGAUGGAACCCCCCACCAGCACAGUACUCAGGAUGGCUCAGGCCAGUCAUCGCCCAAAAUAAUGGUUCUCCAAGACGACUCUGAUCCCAACCAGUCAUUUGAUUGGUUGCACAGCACCUUUGGGUGUAGCGCCUCGGACAUGCAAAGGGCUUUUGAUUUCAACACCCCCAUCAUGACCAGUGACCGGGUAGACGCAGAACCAGAGUCAUUACCAGGCUCGCAUCCCAUGAUCGAUAACAUCCACUACCCCCGCCUUUUUUCUCCCCAGGUUCGUCAUGCACCGUACACCAUCCCACGCCGAUAUCGUCCAUCUCCGAGUCCUCGGGAAGGGACAUCUCAAAGUGCAGCAUCAUUUGACCCAUCUCCAAGUCCUGUGCUGGAUGUGCUGCCCCCCGCACCAACAGCACCAUUAGCACCAUCUCCUGCGCUAUCUCCCGCGCCAUCUCCUGCACCAUCUCUUGCACCAGCAACCUCAGCUCAAAUUGUGCCCUCUAUUCUGUUUGGUCUUGCUGAUUUAACUCAAGCAAAGUUGGUGGCACUGUUUCGGUUGAAGUGCAAAAUCUUCGCUAGCUCCUUCUUACCGAGCGACGACUCAGCUACAAAAAAAAUGGCAACCGAUUGCCUGGACGAAGUGUGCCGCAACAGCCCUGAACUUUCCGCCUGGACCAAAACGACAAAUGGCAAGGACGAGAUCGUCAAGAUGUGUAGCGCUCUUGUCACCAUUAGAAAAAAUAUGCAGGCUUUAACCCGCAGCGCUGUACUCUGGGGGUACGGUUUGCAUCAAUUACUGCAUACAGAGAAAAAGGGUGUGAUAAAGGAAUUUGUCGGUAGCCUUCUCAUCAACGAGGCCUUCCUGCGAGGCGUCAUCACUGUUAAUGGAGAACGCGUUAAUAUCCCUUUUGCGCAUCAAGCAUUGCAGUAUUACAUUCGGCAGCUACUUUUCCACGACAAGCAGUACAGAAAGUUCAUUGGCAUCGAACGGAAUCUCAAACCGUUGUACACUUAUACAAGUGUUUUAUUCAAGUGGGCAUUGACUGAAAUGUCCAGCGGAGCAUUCAAAGAUACGGAUUUUAAAAUCAUCGAUGCUACUGCGGAGCAUGACGACAUGGUAACACUAUUUGAGACUCUGACGAAAGAGCAGAUUGAUGCUCUCACCACAAGCGUUUUUGAUUAA